GCUCGUUUCCAUGGUGACUAAUGUAAACAACUGAGGAGUUUUGGACGUGAUUUGGAAAUAAAACUUGGUGAAGUAAAAUGCCACAACAAAAUGCGCAAGAGGGACAAGCUGACGACCUUUUGACGGUAUUUGAAGGCUCUUCCGCGGAGGAUGGGUCCCACGCCCGGCAGCUCUGGAAAUCCAUGACCCUUCUUCCGCCGCUGGAAUCCCGGUUAGCAUCGGCAGACAUCCGCCAACGGCUACCGGUGGCGCGUCCGAGGCGCCGCGGAACCUCCAAUGUUGCAAAUCCGGUCCCACUCACCGUGUGCAGUGAACGGCAGAGAGAGGACGAGCGGCGGCGGUACCAGGCCAUGGCCGACCAGAGGAAGGAGGUCAUGGCGCUGCUGGGGAGACAGAGGCAGCAGAGGAUCCAGAAGGAGCACCUGUCCGCGGCCGUUAAACCGAAGAAGGAGGUGGUGGAACCACCAGACCCGGAGAUCGAGCUGGACAAGGAGCUGGUCAGACAGCUUCCCUAAACAAAUUUAUUUUAAAAAAAAUGUGACUAAAUAAAUGAACCACCCAACUGUAAUGGGAUGGUUGAA